CGCAAUGCUGAGGAUUCUGGUACUAUGGCUACUAAUUCCAUUCAAUUUCAACUUGUUCUACUCUUUCUAUGCAUUCAUCCAUGGAGCCAGCUCCUAUCCAAUGCAGCCUGCACCCGAAAAGACCGAAAAGCCCUUCUCGGUUUCAAGGCAGAAAUCGAUGACCUCGCUGGUAUCUUAUCCUCCUGGACAGGCUCAGACUGCUGCAAAUGGCUCGGUGUUGGCUGUGACAAAAAAACUGGCCAUGUCACGAGAUUAAAUCUUCGAAGACCUGAUCCUCUCGGAAAAACUCUCCAGGGUAAUCUUAGCUCAUCUCUGCUCGGUCUCAGACAUUUGAGAUACUUAGACCUCAGCCUCAAUAGCUUUGGUGGAAUUUCGAUCCCCAGCUUCAUCGGAGAAUUCAAAGAAUUGAGGUACCUAAACUUAUCUAAAUCUGGAUUUGUUGGUAGAGUUCCUGAUGAGCUUGGCAAUCUCUCUAGACUUCAGUAUCUUGAUCUCCAAUCUCAAUCUUUUCCUGUCGGUUUGUAUAUGAUUGAUGCUUUAUGGAUUUCUCGCCUUACUUCUCUUUGGUAUAUUGACAUGAGUGGCGUGAAUUUGAGUAACUGUUUUAACUUGCUUCAAGCUCUCAACAUGUUGCCUACUGUAGAAACAAUUCAUCUCUCUCUUUCUCAGAUGAACACAAUACCGCAAUCUCUUCCCCAUACAAACUUUAGGUAUCUUUCAUUUCUUGAUCUCUCUCUUAAUGAUUUUGACUCGACAGAGAUACCCGGGUUCUUGUUCAGUAUUAGGAGCCUGAAACAUCUCGAUCUCAGAGAUAGUGGAUUCAGGGGGAUUGUUUCAGAUGCUAUUAGCAAUCUCAGCUCUCUUGAGUUUCUUGAUCUCUCUGGGAUUUCAAUGGCUAAAAUACCAAGAUCUUUGGGUAGUCUCUGCAACUUGACAAUACUAAAUCUCGAGAAUGCACUACCGAGCAAUGGCUUAAGCGAGCUUGGCCAAGUUCUCGAUGGAUGUGCAAAGGACAGUCUUCAAGAGCUGCGUUUAGCAAUGAAUGGCUUCUCUGAUCAUAUACCUGAUUGGAUUGGAGACUUCAAGAAUCUGAGAAUUCUCGAUCUCUACCAAAAUAACUUCUACGGUUCAAUUCCUGAAGCUAUUGGGAGACUCUCAUCUUUAGAAAUAUUGGGUCUAUCAAGAAACCAAUUGAACGAGACUGUCUCUGAAAAUAUAGGACAGCUCUCAAGGUUAAUCACUUUAGAUCUUACCUUCAACACUCUCAAUACUACUUUGACAGAGGCACAUUUUGCCAAUCUCAAGAGCUUGAAACACUUGGACCUGUACAAUAGCUCCCUGAGAUUAAACCUGAGCUCUGACUGGUUUCCGCCAUUUCAAGUCGAAUAUUUCUACACGCGAGGUUGUCAAUUUGGGCCGAAAUUCCCUUCAUGGCUGAGAAAUCAACGGAAAAUUCAAUAUCUCGACAUGUCAGGCUCAGGAAUUACAGAUGCCAUGCCUGAUUGGUUUUGGAACAUAACAUCACAUAUGACAGAAUUGUAUAUGUCAGAUAAUCAAAUAAGUGGUAAAAUGCCCAAAUCAUUUAGUUUUGCAGAUAAUGAGCCUGUGCAUAUCGAUUUGAGUUAUAACCGCUUGGAGGGUGCAUUGCCACAACUUCCUCCAAAUGUUGAAGGAUUGUAUCUUUCUACGAACUCACUUUCAGGGCCGAUACCUCCUACUUUUGGCAACGAAAUAUCUAAUUUGACGUAUUUUUCUAUCUCUAGCAACAAUUUCUAUGGGUCAAUUCCGUCGUCCUUGUGCAAAUUACAGAAAUUGAAAGCUCUGGAUCUGUCAAAGAAUCAAUUUUCAGGAGAAAUACUAGACUGCUGGGAUAAAUUUCCUGAUAUGGAAUAUCUGGACCUGGCAAGUAAUUCCUUAUCCGGAAAUUUUCCUAAGUCCAUUUCGCUAUUGGGUUCUCUUAAGUUGUUGGAUUUGAGUAAUAACAGUCUCUUUGGCCCGCUUCCUGAUUCAGUAGAGUGUGUAUCAGUGAACACUCUUGACCUUAGUCAGAAUAAUUUUACCGGGAAAAUCCCAUCUUGGAUAAGUGAAAGCUUACCAAUGCUCAGAAUUUUAAGCUUGCGAUCAAAUUCUUUCAUCGGUGAUAUCCCUUCAAACAUAUCAAACCUUCAAAACCUUCAUAUCUUGGAUCUGUCAAGUAAUAAUUUUUCUGGCAGCAUAUCGAAGAACUUUGGGAACUUAUCGAGCAUGAAGGUGGCUCCUGCUGAGCAGAGUUAUGCAUACUUCGACGAUUUUUCAUGGGAUGGAUUAAUCAUGAAAAUGUGGGUGAUGACAAAGGGAAGAUAUCUCGAAUAUGGAAAACUGCUCUCACUCUUAGCUGUCAUGGACUUUUCUGAAAACAACUUAUUGGGUCAAAUUCCUGAAGAGAUAACAGACCUUCAUGGAUUACAAAGCCUGAAUCUUUCUGGAAACCAUUUCACUGGUAAUAUCACGGAUAAGUUUGGAGAUCUGAGGUUGCUCGAAACACUCGAUUUAUCGAAGAACGAGCUAGAGGGUAAAGUUCCUGCGAGCCUAUCGGGUUUAAAUUUUCUGAGCCAUUUGAACCUGUCAUAUAAUCACUUACAAGGGAGAAUUCCUUCAGGUGGGCAAAUGAAUACGUUUGAUGAUUCUGUUUAUGCUGGAAAUGAUGGGCUCUGUGGGCUUCCUUUGAAAGUGAAGUGUGAUGCUGAUAAUGGAUCAAAAGUUCCUCCUACUGAGGUUGGUGAUAAUGGAGAUGGGCAUAUAAAUGGGAUGCUUUGGUAUUUUCUUGGUGGUGCUCCUGGUCUUGUGAUUGGAUUUUGGACAGUUUGGGGUGCAUUGCUACUGAAUUCUAGAUGGCGGCAUGCUUAUUUCACUUAUGUGGAUAAAUUAUGUGAAAAGUUUGGUAUUAGAAGCAAAUAUAGAUUUUAAUUGAAAGGGAAGCUGUUAAGUUCAUAAAAGGAUGUACGUGUUUGUAAAUCUAUGUUCUAUUGUACAUAUUUGUGUGAAAAAAUUGUUGUAUGUAAAGCCUUCUUAUAUUUCAGGUAAAGCUUUUGAAG